AUGACUGAACGGUCGCGGCUCGGCUGCGCCUCUGCGUCGUCGUCGGGAAAAAAAACCGUUUGUCUUUACUCUGCCGCGCGCGCGAGGGGCGCGGGGAUGUUCAAGUUGACUUUGCGGCCGGCCGUGAGGAGGGAUCCCCCCGAUGAUGGUGUCGAGGUGAGGGUGACGGAGGACGAUGCGUCGAGCAAGGGGGCGAAGCGGAAGAGAGCCCCUCCCACGAAGGGGCCAUGCGAGCACGGGGUGAAGUAUCGGUCGAAGUGCAAGGUGUGCAGCGCUUGUCCGCACGGUCGUCUGCGCACACAGUGCAAGGAGUGCGGUGGGUCUGAAAUCUGCGAGCACGGUCGUCGCCGCUAUAGCUGCAAGGAGUGCGGUGGGUCUGGAAUCUGCGAGCACGGUCGUGUACGCUCUAAGUGCAAGGAGUGCGGUGGGGGCUCAAUCUGCGAGCACGGUCGUAUACGCUCUACGUGCAAGGAGUGCGGUGGGGGCGCAAUCUGCGAGCACGGUCGUGAGCGCUAUUGGUGCAGGGAGUGCGGUGGGUCUCAAAUCUGCGAGCACGGUCGUCGGCGCAUACAGUGCAAGGAGUGCGGUGGGUCUGGAAUCUGCGAGCACGGUCGUCGCCGCUCUCGGUGCAAGGAGUGCGGCGGGUCUCGCAUCUGCGAGCACGGUCGUCGCCGCUAUAGCUGCAAGGAGUGCGGUGGGUCUGGAAUCUGCGAGCACGGUCGUGUACGCUCUAAGUGCAAGGAGUGCGGUGGGGGCUCAAUCUGUGAGCACGGUCGUGAGCGCCACAGGUGCAAGGAGUGCGGUGGGUCUCAAAUCUGCGAGCACGGUCGUCAGCGCCACAGGUGCAAGGAGUGCGGUGGGUCUGGAAUCUGCGAGCACGGUCGUCAGCGCUCUCAGUGCAAGGAGUGCGGCGGGUCUCGCAUCUCCGAGCACGGUCGUGAGCGCUAUAGCUGCAAGGAGUGCGGUGGGUCUGGAAUCUGCGAGCACGGUCGUCAGCGCCACAGGUGCAAGGAGUGCGGUGGGUCUCAAAUCUGCGAGCACGGUCGUGUACGCUCUCAGUGCAAGGAGUGCGGUGGUGCAUCAAUCUGCGAGCAUGGUCGUCAGCGCAGAUACUGCAAGGAGUGCGAUGGGUCUCAAAUCUGCGAGCACGGUCGUCGCCGCUCUCAGUGCAAGGAGUGUCGCGCGGCAAAGGCUCGAACGGGGUGA